AUGUCUGCAAGAGGUUUUUCGUCCUAUGGUUCUCUUCGUCGAAACCGCGGCGAAGGAAGCUCCAAUCCAUCUCUGCAGCACCGGAAAACCCUCUUGAGUCACAUCCGGGACAAUAUGUCCUGCGCAGGAAGGAAAACAUACUUCCAGAGGAUCAUUUUCGUGGCCAAACACGCUCCCGGAAAGGACAUUAUUGACGUGAAGGACUUUUACGUGGACUUCUCGAAUGAGGUGAAUAAGAAUGCGUCGGAUGAUAAGCUGACAGGACUCGUGCUGAUCUACAAGACGUUCACGGUGCAGAUGAUAGAAGGCUCUGAGAUAAUCCUGGGCAGAUAUAUGGUGCGCUUGGCGGCGAAGGAAGCGGAAAUCUAUGAGACUUCGCGAGUUGUGCUCAUUUACAACAACACGAAUCAGAGGAUCUUCAACAAGAUCAUCUGGCGCCUGGCAGAUCCUCCGGAUGCGGUGGCUGAUGAAGUGCGGGAGGAAGUGAGAUCGGAAGAUGCUCUCAAGAACUCCGCGGCCUUCCUCAAAGUCGUCUACGAGCUGGCCAAGUACAUCAAUUUCGACGAUUUGGACGACAACAGCACCAUCUCCAUGCUCUAUCUGCCCUCCACAUACAAUGAGCUCAUUCCCAGCGCGGCCUCGAUGGACGCCAUCCUGGCCAUCGGCUUCCUUCCCACGGUGACCGAGUACGGAACCGAGAUCUUCGGCGUCAUUCCGCCGCACUACAAUCACAGCGAGCUCGUGUGGCCGGUGCCGUAUGACUUCACGCCGCACAACAUCUUCGAGGCGGGAAAGUACGACGUGAAUCUCACGUUUGGCAAUGAGAAGUACGAGCUGUGA